CUUAAUGCACCUGUUUCCUAUUGUCCCUUUCAGGAUGCAGAUGUGGAGUUUGAACACAUAUCUGUAUGGUCCUAAAGAUGAUUUGAAGCACAGGUUACUGUGGAGGGAGGUUUACUCAGCAGAGGAAGAGGCUCAGUUGAAAGCUUUGGUGUGUGAGGCAGAGUCGAGGGGUUUGACAUUUGUAUACGCUCUUUCUCCGGGUCAGGACAUCGUCUUCUCCAGCUCUUGUGACCUCACACUGCUUAAACGCAAACUCAGACAAGUGUCAGACCUGGGCUGUCAGGCUUUUGCCCUCCUAUUUGAUGACAUUGAUCACUCCAUGUGCCAGUCAGAUACAGAGGCCUUUUCCUCAUUCGCUCACGCCCAGGUUACCGUGGCCAAUGAGAUCUUCCGUUUCCUGGGGGAACCACCUGUCUUCCUAUUCUGUCCCACUGAGUACUGUAGUUCUCUGUGCACUCCUAGCGUGUCAAAGUCUCCCUACCUGCUGACAGUUGGGGAGGAUCUUCUCCCUGGCAUCUCUGUCAUCUGGACCGGAAAUAAGGUGAUAUCAAGGGAACUGAGUCCUGAAUCACUAGCUGAGGUCCAGGCGGUGCUUCGAAGGCCACCCCUCAUUUGGGACAACCUUCAUGCUAAUGAUUAUGACUCCCGACGUGUCUUCCUGGGGCCUUUUAAGGGCCGCCCCCCUGGACUCAGGGCCCAUCUGAGGGGUCUGCUGCUAAAUCCAAACUGUGAAUUUGAAGCCAAUUUCAUCCCUCUGCAUACCCUGGGAAGCUGGUAUAAAGAAGUAAAGGAGGAGGGGAAAGGUGAUGAAGAAGCCUAUAGUGUGGAUAGAGCGUUGUCAUCUGCCUUGCAAGACUGGAUGAAGGAGCUCAGCCUUCCACUGCAGCCUGGACGUCAACUGAGGCCAACAGACCUCAAGCCCUUAACGCUCUCUGUUAAAUCAAAGUCCUCCGAUAGCUCAGACAAUCAACGUGGAGCCCAGCCCAAACGUCCCAUAACCUCUUCCCGGAGCACAGGGGCUCUCGCUAGCGAUGAAAUCCCAGCAGACCCUCUUAUGAGCCAGGAUCUGAAAGCUGGGGAGAACCAGGUCUCCAGGAGCUUCAGCCAUGAAAAGAUCUCUAGAAGGGGAUUGUGUUCUGGGAGGGUUCCUCUCAGCGAGGCCCAGGUCCAGUUGCUUGUAGGCCUGUACUACCUGCCUCAUGAACAUGGACCACCUGCUCAGAAUCUGCUGCAGGACCUCACAUGGCUCAAAGCCAACUGUCACUGCGUCAGUGUCAAUGGCAAUGGCAAGAAGGCCUCGCCACAGAAGGUAGAGGAAUGGCGGGACCGUGCGGGCCGUUUCCUGGCUGCGUGUGAUGAUGUGGCUUUACUGCACGGUGCUGUUGUGACCAGCAUCAAUAGGGCUGUUCUCUACGACCUUUACCCUUACAUCUGGGACUUGAGAAACACCCUGCUGGUGGCCAAGGCUUUCAUCUGCUGGCUAGAGGGGCGUAUACUGAGUGAAGGUUCUCCACUAGGCUCCUGGAAGAACUGCUUCCACUGGUGUGGGGCUUCUUCAGGGGCGGAGCUUCAUGGCGUGGAGGCGGAGCCAUGGGUGUUUAAAGGAGGACUAUCUGGAGAGGUGCAGAUGCUUCUGCCUGUGGGGACCAGCAGUGAGUUGUUCAGUCACCCUCCCCCUCUGUUCCCCACCUCUCGACUUUAUAAUAUACGGCCAUUCCAGCAAAAAGACAAGGUGGAGCUGUACCGAAUGGUGCGUCAGUUGCAUCAGAGGGGUAAAGGGGGCCAGGAUGCUGUCAUCUCCCAUCCAGAUUUCAUUGGGGACAGGUGUCUGGGUGCGUCUCUGGCCUUGUGCCCAGAGUACAGCUUGGUUCUGGAGGAUGAACUGGGUGUAUGUGGAUGCGCUGUGGGUAUUCUGGAUGUCCACUCCUUUGCCAAACGAUGUCAGGCCUCCUGGCUACCUGCUAUGAGGGACAAAUAUCCUUCACGCCCCCAUGGAGCGAGUGGACAUACUGCAACAAAGGAGGCGCUGCUGUAUUUCCAUGAAGAACAGGACUAUCCAGACUCCCUGCUGUAUCAUUUCCCAUCUCAGCUCAGGCUUGAAGCUCUUCCAGAACUGGUGGAUUGUAGCGUCAGUCGUAGCCUCCUUACAGCCCUGCUAACGGCCCUCAAAGCUAACGGUUCACAGGGUGUAUUUUGCGAGGUCCAGCCUACAGAUGGAUUACGGAUGGAAUUUUUGACAAAGCUGGGAUUUCUGGAAAUCCUCCGUGGAGAAGCACGGCCUAGAGAAGGUGUAGUUUUGGGGAGGCUGUUAUAAGCAAAUAUCCAAAACACACAGGAUCCGGCUGAAAGAAAAUCAGAUUUCAAAUCAACAUGUUGCCAUGUUGGAGGCUGGAGCUGUGGUUAUAGUUGUGCUUAGAAAAAUGGUUGGGGCUUAAAAAGUGCUUUGGUGAAGCAUUAAGGUCUAUUCCCCCCAAAAAAUUAAUAAAAUUAAACAAAAUGCAUUUUGCAUGCCAAAAUCAAAUCCAAGAUCAGAUGAAAAAAACAUAUUGUACUAUGAUGAUCUGCAAUUUUUGAAGGCUUUUUAAGCAUUUGCAUUUCAGAGAAUAACAGAAAAUUGGCAUCAGACUAAUUGUUAUUUGUUUUGUUUGUUAAUAUAUUUGGUUUGUGAAUAUUUUAUUUAGAAUAGUACAAGCCACAAUAAAAAUGUACAAACACAUUUAACAAAACAACUCAUGACGUUGGACAAUAGGUCUGGACUUCAGAGAAACGUAGGUUUACGGUAAGUGUUUACACUGAAAGUAGUUGUGGGACUAUCAGAGAUUGUCUGUAGGCAGUUUUUGUGAUUAUUUGAACAUUUCUUGACAUUUAGUCACAUUGGACUUGGUGUGAACAGGCCUUUAGGCUUUAUGGUCAGAGCUGGGGGCUUUGUGAAAAAAACAUUAGGGACAAAAUGAGAACUUAAUAGUGAUCACUUGUUUACAGCUUCAUCUUCGUUAAUCAGCAUUCAGUGUGCUUUCUCGCUGCACCAUGCAUUUGGAGCUCUUUUAUUGGUUCACAUAAAGUUUUGGUUCUGCUGUUGGGGAUGAUAAAACUUGCUGUUUUUUAUUGCGAGUGUCUGUGUUGCAGCUAUGGAUGGAUGUAGGAGCAAAAAGCACAAUGUUUCUCUUUUGUAUUCAGUGCUCGCACACACACACACACACACACACAAACUUCCCCUAGCCAGUCAUGGUCAGGCUCACAAACAGACUCCUGAAUAUUGACAUGAAAUAGCUCCUCCAGUAUGCUGAAGGGACCCUGACCUCCCAAGAUUGAUGAAUCAUGGUGCAUCUCGCAGGGCUUUUUAUAGUUCUUUCUUUCUAUUUUUUCUCUUUUUCUCUCACACAUACUCACUAAUCUUCUGAGAGGCUAAAUUAUUGUUAUCUCUAGCCUUCUCUCUUUGUCCCUUCACCCACACACACACACACACACACACACACACACUGUAUGCACGUCUGUCCACACAUUCAAUAAUAUGCCUUCUGAUCUUUAACCAAUAGCCUUUUUUAAUCGCCAUGGCAAUCAUAAAAGAAACAUAAUAAAUUAAAUAUGCUUUUUUGCACCAUUGAUUUGAUAUGGUUUGAUAUAAUCUCACUGAUUUGAGGUUAUUUGCUAGUUUUUGUACAUUUAUGGUUAAAGACAUUUGAUUUUGCAUGCUAACUUUACUUUUCAUCCAUUUUAGAGCACUUUCACUAUUUCUGCAGGUUUUAAUGUUGGAAUUGUGAUAUGUACACUGAAAGGUCUCAGCUUAGAUAGUGAUAUUUAAUGUUAAAUUGUUUGCAUUUAAUGUUUUUAAGGAUUAUGGUACAGUACAACUGCAGUUUUUGUAAUAAUGGAAUAAAACGUGUUUACAGCAUCAUUAAAACCUUUCCUUUCUCGCAAAA